GGGCUCCGGCGACCCUGCUCAGGCAGAAGCAGCCUUUUAUAGCCGGCACAGAGCUGCCCCAGCUCACACCUACACACUCCACUCCCGGAGCGCCGCGCUUGUGCCAGGAGCCCGCACCCCACCUGCCCGGGAUCUGCGAGACCCACACGGGAGCUGCUCAUGGGACCGCACCGCCCGGCGCUGCUCCUGCGGCCGGCCCUGCUGCUGCCACUUCUGCUGGCGGCCGUUUAUAAAGGCACUUUUGGGGAAGCCCAUUUCAGAAAUCGAAGAGGUGUUCUUGAAUUAGCUGGAGCCAUUAGAUGCACUACAGGAAGAUCUCCUUUUGCCUACCUACGUUAUGGAUGCUACUGUGGUCUGGGAGGAAGAGGAUGGCCCAAAGACAGAGUGGACUGGUGCUGCUUUAAACAUGACUGCUGCUAUGGUAAAGCAGAACAAGCAGGUUGUCAGCCUAAGAUAGAAAAUUACCACUGGGACUGUGAAGACAAUACUGUUGUAUGUGAAUCACUAGAGGAUAAGUGUCAGAAAAUGGCAUGUGAAUGUGACCGUGAAGCUGCCAAGUGCUUUUCUAAAGCUCCCUAUAAUGCAAAAUACCUUUUGUGGCCAGACUUUAUGUGUGGUGAAAUUCAGCCUUUGUGUAGGUAUUAGACAUAUGACAUCCAUCUUUAUGAAAACUCUGUAUGUGUUUAAAUCUAAAAUGCCCUUUUUUUGGUCACAAUAGUGACCAUAAAGGAUUUUCCCAUUUCUUGAUCCUUCUUCCUACCAUCUCAGCCUUUCCACCCCAGAAUAGCUAAAGUAAACAUUUAUCUGCUUGUAAAACCUUAACUUACAGUCUAAAAGCAACUUCGUUAGUUCUGUGUAAACUUUUAUGGACUAAACAGGAAUUUAUCCUCUUAAGGAGUAGCUGAGCUACAAUUUUUAUUUAUACUCAGAUUCACAUAUUUUUCAGAUUCAUAAUACCAUUCACUGUAAGCUUUUUAUCCCCCCUCCACAAGCUGUAAGAAAUAAAUUAAACUUUUCCACCAACAUUUACCUUAACAUUUCUUAACUUAGAACUGACAGGAAGAAAUGCAUGAAGUGACAGUGUCAGCACAAAGAGCUCUCUCAUCUAUAUUAAACUUACUAUGAAGCCUAAUUUAACUUUUCCAUCUUAUUCACCUAAGUAGUCCUGCCUGUAUUUAAAAAUACCUAAUAUUAUUUUGCUCUAGUAUUUACUUCUAAAUUACAUUUUUCUAGGAAGUUUAUUUAAUAUGGCUCAAACUCCUUACUCUGUGAACACCUUGAGUUUCCUGUGAGCAU